AUGAAUCGGCUCCAUGAGUUGGAUAAGCACCUUCUAGACAAAGAUGACGACAACGACGACGAGGAAGGAUCCGGCGGGGACACUGUUUUCGUUAUCACCAAUACCAACAGCAACUGGUCGGAGACGAUUCAAAAUCUCAUCUCAGGCGAAUCUAGACAGCCCGCUUCUUUCGAAUCCGCCCAGCCGUCCACCGCACUAGACAGCCUGCUCAAGGACGAACGGCCGGGCAGAACCACCCGGUACUCUGACGACCUCAAUUUCUCGUUGCUCCACGGCCUGGGCUCCUUAUGGCGCGGAACCUCCGGCGAGUGGCGUCCAUCGAGCUCCCCUCCAGUCACCGUCUGCAGGCCCUUUCUGGUGUCAGAUCCGAUGAGAGCCCUCUCGAUGACGGGAGCCUGCACAGAGGAAUUAAUGGUGUCCCGAUCAGUGUUGGGGAUCCCGGUCGUCGGAGGUAAUCUUCAAACUCCUGCUUGGGUCUGCUUCUCAAUCUCAGAGAGGGAGACAUUGAGGUUGGGAGAUGGGAGUCGGAUGUCACAAGCCACUAAGCUCAUGAAUUGAUCGUUGAAACUAUUGAUACCACGAUUGCCUACCGCCUGAUUAUAUAUCAUAUGGAGACUUCAAAUAGCUAGCUCAUUUUUUUUGGUGAUUUACAAAGAGGACACACCUUCUGUGGGAAUCUGGGACUUAUGGACAUGGAAGGGAUUAAUUGUAGAAUUUUAUCUUAAUUGAUGAUUAAUUACUGCUUAGAUCAAUAUGUUAAUUACGAGUUUCAACUUUCAAGGCAUGUGAGCCAACGUAGUUGUGUGAUUCGAUACUUACACUCCUGUUGAAAUCAUGGCAAGACUUUUUUUGAAAUGAUUAUUUGUGCU